UACACCAUCUCUCUCUCUGUUCAACCAUUUCCAAAUGAAUCAAUAAUCUGCCAAGUGUACGAACAGAACUGUCAGGUAGAUGCCUAGCUUUUAGUUAGUGUCGCGCUCGCCAUCAACCUUCAUUUAACACAAACAUAUUGUAAAGAAUGGGAGUGAACAGAACGGACAAGUUUUGAUCGCGUUUCAGCACGAUCACAUCCAAAUGUUUUUAUGAUUGCCAGCUGAUUAGUGGCAUCUAUCAAAACUGAAAAUUGAACUGCGACCUGCCCGUACUGUUCGUACCUUGAUAGAUAUUGUGCAAAUGUGAAGACUGUUGUUGAAUAGGUUUUCAUGUUAUAUUAAAUAAAUUGUAAUAGUGGACUGGACAUGGAACUUGGAAUCAACAAGUGCAUACAAUUGACAUAAUCUCUGGCAAUAAUGGCGUAGGAUAUUAACCUGUAGGCUACACAAUUUAAAGUAUCGAAAGUUUAUUCGCCUUGGUACGGAGCUAAGAGAAUUGAUCAGCCAAAGAUAAGAGAUGGUACUUUGCCAUCUGAACUCAUAUCGAUAUUGAUUACUGUGAAUGAAUUGAAAAAUUAGCUCAACAUAAUAUCUGGGCUAUUCUAUCGAAAUUAGAGGUUGAAGAAGUUGUUGGCAUAUUGCUUUCCGAAAGGAAAAUUUUUAUGUGGCCAAGGAGAGUAGAGAUUGAAACAAAAAAAAAAUCCUGAGUGGAAACUAGGUAUAUAAAAAAUCAGCUGAUAGGAUAUGUGCAUAGAAGGACAGAUAGAAGAUACAGUAGAGCUUGUUGCGAGGAUGGGAGGAACAAAGGAGUGUACCGUAUGUCGUUCCCAGGAUUUGGAUAGAGAUGUGACGAGCUAAAGGAAUUGAAAGAGACAAAAGGAUGUCUGGAGGCAAACUGUUGAGGAGGUGCACACAGGGCUGCAGUGCUUUAACCGCAAAAAGAGAGGAGGAGGGCAUGGGAGAAGGUUUGACAGAAGCCAGCCAAAAGUUGAGAAAAAGUCCGUGGCAAUUGUUGAAGAUUCUCCGAUGAUGAGAGCAUUUACUUCUUACAGAGAUGCGCUUAAUGAUAAUUACGACAGAUAUGAACGCCUAUUCAAAAUCAGCCGAGAUAUAACCAUUGAAAGUAAAAGAAUAAUUUUCCAGCUGCAUUUGGUUUCGACUGAUGCUUCAAAAGAAACAAUAAUGCAAGAAGCGAAAGCCAGGCUUGAUAAAUUGAUAAAGUAUAAUUUCGCUCAGUUAGCAAAGGAACUGCAAGGAGUUUCACGGUAUCAAUAUGUCAGAGCAUAUUCUGCAGGUGUUCAAGAGUUUGUAGAAGCUAUCACGUUCUACCACUAUUUGGAGUCGAGUACUAUGUGUCCAUGGAGAGAUAUUCUGAAUCAGUUGGUAUAUCCAGUUAUCUCCGAAAGAGAAACUAGUGAAGAAGUAGAGAAAAGCGCUAACAAUGGCGGAGAAUUGAGCGAGAGUGAAGUGACACGUGGAACUGAUACGUCUGUCACAGAAGUGGCUGGUGGAACUGAAACGUCUGUGACAGAAAUUACACCUGGAUCUGACCCGUCUGUCACAGAAGUGACACAAGGGACUGACACGUCUGUCACAGAAGUGACACAAGGGACUGACACGUCUGUCACAGAAGUGACACAAGGGACUGACACGUCUGUCACAGAAGUGACACAAGGGACUGACUCGUCUGUCACAGAAGUGCCACGUGUGCCUCUGUUCAUACCGGACUGGGACUUCAUUCUCGGAGUUGAAGAUUUGUCCGGCGAACUGAUGCGCCAUUCAAUAAAAUGUGUGUCCAAUGGAAAACUUGAAGAAACUUUCAAGGUUUGUGAUUUUCUAAGGAAUCUCUACACUAGUCUGCUCACUCUGUCUCAUGUUAACAAUCGAGAAUUCUAUAAGAAACUGAGUGUGAUGCUACAGUCGUUGGUGAAGGUUGAGAAUGCUUGUCAUAUGAUCAAACUGCGGGGAUCGGAAGUUCCACAGGAUUUGUUGGUUCAUAUGAUAGGCACUUUCAACACCAAUGAUGACGAGGGUGACACUUACGAAUAGUGUCAUAUACCUCGUAUAAAUAUAAUAUUUUAUUGUAAUUUUAUUAAAAUCAUGAUGAAUGGAAUAGUACUGGUUUAGUGUAGUCUACGCUAGUAAUAGCCAGUAACUUCCAACUCAACGGGCAAAUCUACAAGGGGUAACAAGAAAGUAAGGUCUCCUAUUUUUUUAAUAGAAAAUGACAUUUAUUUACUAAGUAUGAUACAACGUUUGAAAGACCAGGAUCAUAUAUAGAUAAUCGCCAUUUUUUCCAACACCUUCUGCAUCCGCGUGAUGUACUUUUCUAUGCCGGUAUCAUACCACUUUUCGUCCGCUUUGCGCAGCCAGGUGUUGACUCUUUUUGAACCUCCGCGUCCGACGCAAUCUUUCUCCGAGAUGUUUUUUUAGGGCGGGGAACAAGUGGUAGUCACUUGGGACCAGGUCGGGACUGUAGAUCAAUGAUUUCUCAGUCAAAUUUCCUGAUUAGGUCCAGGGCCGCCUUGGCCCUGUGCGGGCGCGCGUUGACGUGGUGAAAUUUCACUCCAUUGGUCAGCAUUCCCGGGCAUUAUUGUUCUUAAUGGCACGGCGAAGCUUUUCUAAUGUUCCACAGUACCUUUCUGCAUUGAUGGUGGUUCCCUGUGGUAUGAAAUCGACCAACAAUACACCGUGGCGAUCCCAAAACACUGUCGCCAUCACCUUGCCGGCCGACAGUGUUGUUUUGAAUUUUUUCGGUUUUGGAGAGUCGCUGUAACGCUAUUGUUUGGACGACUCCUUUGUCUCGGGUGUGUAGUGAUGAGCCCAUGUUUCAUCCCCCGUAACAAAGCCUUCUAAAAAUUCUUCUCCUUCCUGUUCAAAACGCCGAAAAACUUUGUCGGCACAUUCCACGCGCCGUGUCUUGUGUUCUUCAGUCAGCUGUCUCGGCACCCAUCGGGCAGAAACCUUGUGGUAAUGCAACCUUUCCGUAAGAAUUUCACGAAUUGAUUCUCUGCUGCACACUCCUCCAAGCUUUCCUUCCAAGUCCCAGUGGCGGCUCGUCCUAUGUGUUCAAUGGUUCAUUGAACCCCCAGAAUUGAAUCAACUUCCUAUACAAUGAUGAAUUUGCAACUCAAAUAAUUAUAUUCUUAUUUUAUACUCAUCAAAUCACAUCACAACAUUUUUCAUCUACAUAAACUUAACGUCGAUGUUUUGCGGCCGGUGCCGGAGUGGCUUACUUGAAACAGCACCGAAUGGCACGACGAGACGGGUGGUGGUGGAGAGCAGUGUUCAUUCCCCAAUCUGAACCCAAAAACAAGGCUAGGUGAGGUAGUGGAACGGAGGAGGGGAAUCGGUUUGCUAGCACGAAUUUGGUUCACAAUCCUGCCUGAACCAUAUUUCACGAGUUCAUCCGAGUGUAACCGAACGUAGUGAGGUCUAAGAUUCAAGUAGACGGUUUGGCAUUUCUCUUAAUGUUUGAAUGUUUAAAUGUUUAUAUGUUGCGCAUUUACGGCGAAACGCGGUAAUAGAUUUUCAUGAAAUUUGAAAGGUAUGUUCCUUUUUUAAUUGCGCGUCGACGUAUAUACAAGGUUUUUUGGAAAUUUUGCAUUUAAAGGAUAAUAUAAAAGGAAAAAGGAGCCUCCUUCAUACGCCAAUAUUAGAGUAAAAAUUAGACUAUAGAAUUAUUCAUCAUAAAUCAGCUGACAAGUGAUUACACAGAUGUGUGGAGAAGCCAGUCUAUUGCUGUAUUUCCAUAAGGUCUAUAGUUUCAAUCAGGUACUUGUGGAUGAGAAUACUGCGUGAGGUCUACUGUUCACAGAACUACUAGUAGUAUUGAUGGGAGGUUCGGAUCACUUUACUGAUCCGGAUCAAUUAAUCUCGUUCACUGCCGCGAGCCAAUCAAAAGACCAGGAUUGGAAAUUUCUAACAAGAUUUGCAGUCACGUGACGUGUCUAGUAUUUGUGACACGUAAAAAGCAUUGGUUGAAUAGGCGUUUGAUUGCUAGUUUCCAUUCUGUAUCUAUUCUGUGACUGAGCGCUGAGCGGUCGGUGUAUACGCGCCCAGCAACAGGGUUGUAGUGGGGAACCAGGGAACACAGCGGUGUUGCCAGAUUUCGCCUAGCGCGGAAUUCCGCGAAGUUACAGAGUUGGAGACCUUACUUUCUUGUUACCUCUCGUAAUAUGAAGGUUUGUAUUUAAAAACUUUCUCAGUCAAACAUGCCUGUCAACUAACAACAUUCUGAACUUUCUUAUACUUGAACAUAAUAUUAUGUACAUGAUCAUACAUCAUGUACAAAUCAUACAUAGCUGACUGAACCAUCAUGAAAUUAAUAAUUAGUCAGUUUAAAUAAUACUGACGGUUUUUAAUAAUUAAUAAUCAAAGUAUUUUCAGAUUCUAUUUUUGGUAUUUAAUGUGAAAUACACGAAAGUUAUUCAACAAUAGAAUUCAUUUGUAUGAAAUAUAAUGAUUCAAUGAAGAGCUGUCAGUAUACAGUACCAAGACAUUGAUAAAAACAAUAUAAACAUAUAGUACCCUUUUUAUUAAAAAUAUUUCAAAACUAUGAAACAUUUCAACUAGUUUCGGCUUACUUUGGCCAUUUUUAUGGCAAAACUAGUCGUUGAAAUGUUAUAAAGUUUUAAAAUAUUUUGAAUAAAAUGGUACUACAUGUUUAUAUUGUUUUUAUUGAUUUUAAUAAAGUAGCCCAAAGAAGUGAAGUGAUUUUAGUACAAAGACACUGCAAUUUCUACUACUUUUUUCAAGCUUUCAACCUUCUUGAUAAUUAAGUGUUAAAUAAUAAUCUAAUUUACUAAUUACUUCGAAGUACCAUUUUUAUUUUGUAUAAUAUUUGUUGUAAUUCAUUGUUUGAGAGAUCUAUUUGUUUCAUAACAUGUUGCGAAUUUAUUUACAAAAAUUUCACAUUUAAAACGAUAUUUUUUUGUCUUUUUAAUAAUUUUUUAUUUGUGCUACAUAGUUGAUGAAUUAUGAAUUAAUUUUUGAAGUAAUGGGCAAUAAUUACUUAGAACUUGUUGAAGUGUCCGGUCUAUUCUAUAAUAAUUUAUUUAGUUAUGCUAUUUAUAAUAUUAUAAAUUUGAAUAAAUGAAUUGUUUUGUCAAAA